AAAGCAAAAAAAAAACCCCAGCCUCCUGAAAACGUAACCUGAACUUCUCCUAUUACUAGAAACUUCCGUUCCAGCCCGAGGACUGUUAAGUCAUAGCAGUGAACCUCUGGGAUUGUAGGCAGAGCUGCAACGAAGGAUGAUCGGGCUUUCAAGACGAAGCUCGGAGUAGUAGGUGCUCGUACCGGGUGAGGAGUGAGGAGUGACGCUAUAGAAGAAAUAUAGUUACAAGACACAAAGUGAAGUUGGACAACCAUGGGCUUUCAAAAUGUGACAGAACUUUUCUACCCGAGUCAAACCCUUGGGAGCCCUAACAUGGACAUCGAAGACAUCAUUACUUCUCAGAAUGUCAUCUCAAGGGUCAUGCACAGCUACCUCUUUAUACUAGUUCCUCUUGGUUUACUGGCUGGUGUUUUCUGUAUUACCGUACUGAUCAGGAACAAAGUGAAGCAUCAAAUCCUGGAUAAUCUGGACAUCUACCUUCUAACAUUGCUGGUUACUGACGUUACAAUCGUCUUGUACUCCUUUACCUCAAAGACGAGACCGGACUAUCUAGAAAUUUCUAAUUUGAGCUGUGGAGUCUUAGCAGGUUUUUUCAAUGUGAGUUAUUUCUUCUCACAGUACCUGCUGAUUCUAAUCUUCCUAAUCUUACUGAUCAUGAACAAUUCCACAAUAUCUCAAAGUCAUCUGAGAUACAUCUUCCUCACUUUAGCAUUGUCAGUACUUAUGUCUGUAGUAAACGUGUCACUACUGGGAACCUAUGAUAAUCUUCAGAAUAUAACCCACUGCCAACUAGACCCAUUAAAUGCUAAACCGGCAUAUGACUUCUUCAAAUUCUUAGCUGGAUUCGGUGUCCCUUCCCUGGUUCUUCUGAUAUUCGCCAUUCCGAUCGUUAUUCAAGGCCAAAAAAUGGAAAUAUCUGAGAAGCUCCAGUUUCACAUGGUAUUUUUAGGUCAUGUUGCAGUUAUGUUUAUAUGUAGACUAUUCUACAACAUCAUGCUCAUGAGGAGGACAGGUUUAAAGAUUUCGGGGUUCUACAUCUCUCCAAGAGAGGAGCUAGUCCUGAACAUUGCAGAACUGGUGGUAUUCAGUGGAAGCUGCAUAGGACUUAUAUUCACACUUGUCCUACACAAACCAUGCCGGGAAGGUCUCAAGAAAUCUGUGCAAUUCUUAAUCAAUAAGUGCAGAAGAAAGGAAACACCGAACAGUAUAAUCUAACCAUACCUGGUGCUCGGGUGGACCCCCAACAGAAAAGCUGCCACAUACAAAGUCUAUGUUAUUAGACAAAAUAUUAUUUUGAAGGUUUUUUUUCUAGGUUAGA